AAAAUACAUGCAGGGCGGUCAGUUCACCAAGCAGACUGAUGAAACGGGCAAGGUAUUCAUUGUCCGCGCCAACACGGGCAUUGGUAAAGAGACGGUCCUGGAGAUUGCCAAGCGUGGAGGCACCGUGUACAUGGCUUGCAGGGAUAUACCGCGGUGUGAGAAGGCGCGCCUAGAUAUUGUCAAGGAGACAAAUAACCAGAACAUAUUCUCUCGGGAACUGGACUUGAGUUCGCUGGAGUCCAUUCGGAAAUUCGCUACUGAAUUCAAGAAAGAGCAGGAUAAGCUCCAUGUCCUAGUCAACAAUGCAGGAGUUAUGCACUGUCCCAAAACACUGACGAAGGACGGCUUCGAACUGCAGUUGGGAGUCAACCAUAUGGGACACUUCCUGCUCACCCACUUACUUCUGGACGUAUUAAAGAAAUCCGGACCCAGUAGAAUCGUGAACGUCUCAAGCCUGGCGCACAGCCAUGGUUCCAUCAACACUUGUGACCUAAACAGUGAAAAAUCGUACAGCAGAAUCGGUGCCUAUAGUCAGAGCAAACUGGCCAACGUCCUGUUCACCCGGGAAUUGGCCAAGCGCCUGGAGGGAACUGGGGUCACAACCAACUCCCUACAUCCCGGAGCCGUGGAUACGGAGCUGUUGAGAAAUUGGAAAUUCCUGGAACAUCCCCUUGCUCAGCUAUUGAUUAGGCCCCUCCAAUGGGUCCUCUUCAAAACCCCUCGCAACGGAGCACAGACCACUCUUUACGCAGCCCUGGAUCCUGCACUAAAAGAGGUUUCCGGACUCUACUUCAGCGACUGCAAGCCGAAGGACGUUUCUGCAGCUGCACAGGACGACAAGACUGGAAAGUUCCUCUGGGCGGAGAGCGAGAAGUGGACAGGCGUGAAUUUAGCCAAAGUGGAUUAAGCAACCCUUUGUACAUUACUCGCCAUUUCAUAAUUUAUU